AUGGAAAGAAAGGCCUUCCUUGAUCAGGAACCGCCUCCAGGUUACGUGGCUGGAGUGGGUAGAGGCGCUACAGGAUUCACUACUAGCGCAGAUACCGGCCCAGUGAGGUUCGAAUCUCACUUUGGCACUGAAGAUGAUCGCCUUAUAGAUAGCUCUGAGCAUGGAAUGCUACUGCUAAGGGGAAACACAGAUGAAGAUGACGAAGCGGAUAAAAUAUACGAGGCGAUCGAAAAGAGACUAGAGGGCAGAAGAAAGAGGAAGGAGCCAGAAGACAUCAAAGAAAAUGGCGUGGUGACCAUAGAAACAGGCACUGGCAUUAUCACGUCUGAGUUUCAGCUGCUAAAGCCCCAAUUGGCGCUGGUGACAGCUCAAGAAUGGGAGAAUUUGCCUGAGGUGGGUGACUUGACUCGCAAAAACAAGCGCCAGAGAAUUCUAGAGCAGCAAUCGCAAAGAACGUAUGCUGCCCCAGAUGUGCUAAUAGCAAGCACUGGAAGCGGGUUUCGGGCUUCAGGCGAUGACAAAGAUAAAGAGAACGAUGAUAGAGAUGCGCUUUUAGAGGAGCUUGACCAGGAUGCUGCUCUUCGUGUGGACUUAGAGCGUAGCAAACAGAUAUUGGCCUCUCUACGAAAGACUGAGCCCCAUAAGGCAGACCUGUGGAUCUCUUCUGCCAGACUUGAAGAACAGGCUAAAAAUCUUGAGCAAGCAAAGAAACUCAUUGUUGAGGGUUGCAACCGUGUACCACAUUCUGAGCUAGUGUGGCUAGAGAGCUUGAAGAUUCAUCGCAAGUCGAGCGAGAGCACCAAGUUGUGCAAGUACAUUGUCAAUGAAGCCUUGAGGCUCAACUCGAAAUCUGAAAAGCUUUGGUUUGAGGCAGUGAACCUUGAGAAUCCCGCUGAUGUACUCUCCAGAAAGAGAAUCCUCAUGAAAGCGUUGGAGUUUCUACCCUCAAACGUGAGACUAUGGAAAGCGCUUAUAGAUUUGGAAGAAGACAGGCAGGACGCGAAGAGACUUUUGCAGAAAGCAACUGAGCUCUGUCCAGAAGAAUGGGAGCUUUGGCAGGCUCUUCUUGAGCUAUCAGACUACUCUGAGAGCAAGAAGGUGCUCAACAGUGCUAGGAAACAACUACCGCAGAACCCACACAUUUGGGUCGCUGCUUUGAAGCUCGAGGAGAGAGAAGACGCAGGGGUUAGCGAGCAGAAGCUUUCUAAGAUGCUAAGCAAGGGAAUCAAGGAGCUCAGCAAGCACGAUUCUGCCAAAGAAGUACUGUUUUGGCUCGAUGAGGCUGCAACAGCUGAACUUGAGGGACUCAAGACCACCGCCAAAGCAAUUGUCAACAAUUAUUAUGAUGGCCUUCCCGAAGGCGAAAUGCGCAUUAGUGAAGUCUUCACUUCGGCAGAGAAACUCAACAAGCUUUCUGCUUCCACUUGUGUUGUACAAGCCUAUGAUCUUCUCACACAAGAGUUUCCUCAUGACAUCAAUUGCUGGUCAAUGUUGUUCACCUCUCUAAGAAACGAGGAAAAUCUUGAUAAAGAAAGGGUUUAUCGGUUCUACGAGAAGGCAGUGGAGUCAAAUCCAAACUUGGAAGUGCUUCGGUUAAUGUACGCGAAAGAUGCUUGGAUAGCUUGCCUGGACAUUUCUCAUGCCCGGGAAGUCUUAAUCAAGGCAGAAGAAGAGUUUGAGAAGAGUGAGAAAAUUCAGUUGGCAAGGUUCAAAUUGGAGACCAAAACUUUAAAUUUUGAGGCAGCCUUUAAUUUUUCGAGGAAUGCAUUGGACAGUUCAACAGAAACAUCGGUAAGACUCUGGUACAAAUAUAUUCACUUGCUUAGAUUUUGCCAGUUCAAGCUGUUUGAGUUUGCCAGCAGAAUAUCUAUCCUUGAUGUAUGUGAUGAAUCGUUGAGCAUCUUUAAAGAAAACUUCAAGCUUUACUUACAAAAAGCUCAAAUACUUGAGGAAAUGCAAGAUCUACACAAAGCCCGUGAGGUACUAUCGAUUGGGAGCAGACAGUGUCCUUCAUCUAUUGAAAUCCCAAUAAAUCUUGCUAAGAUAGACAUAAAGCUAGAAGCUCCAGCACGAGCAAGAUCAAUAUUGGACAAGGCAAUUCUUGAUCAUCCCAAAAGCGCUGAUUUGUGGGUAGCCAAAAUUGAUCUAGAGAUGGGUCAAGGAGAUAUGAUUACCGCUAGGCAGCUUGUAAAUAAAUCCCGUCAGCUAUUCUCCUCAGCGCCAGCUAUAUGGAUUCAUUUCUUGAAGAUGAUACCAAAAAUGUCACACAGAAAGAAUGCCUUUCUUGAUGCUCUCAAGAGCACGAAUAACGCUCCUGAAAUCUUGCUUACUAUUGGUGUUUUCUUUUGGCUUGAUGGACAGUUCACAAAGGCACAUGCAUGGUUCAACAGAGCCCUCAAUGCAGACAGCCUGAAUGGCGAUGCAUGGGGGUGGGCAUACUGUUUUUAUGAAAAAAAUCACAGUGACAAGGAUAAGAAUGAACUCGUCAAACAACUCGAAAAGCAAUUUGAUCAGGUUAAGAAGGGAGACACGUGGAUCCUGGUAGUCAAAAAUUACAAAAAUUUUGAUAAAUCACCGAGGGACAUACUUGUGUUAGUUGCCCAUGAAUUGCUAAAGACCAAAUUGGUGAAUUGA